AGUUAUGAUACCAGCCCAUACUGUCCUACAUAUCAGAUCAACAGGCUGCUGGAACAUGGACUGGAGAAGCCGGCUGCACUACAAGUAGAGGUGAAUCUGAACCUCCAGCAGCCUGCUCUUCUCUCGUACUGCAAGGAACAGGACAUCGCGGUGAUGAGUUACACUCCCUUCGGCUCUUUGUUCUACAACAAAGCGAGUUCGAACGCACCCCCACCAAGAAUCGAUGAACCAGCCCUUGUCACAAUGGCCAACAAAUACAAUAAGACUGUACCGCAAAUAACUUUGAGAUACUUGGUGGAACUCGGUACAAUACCUCUCCCAAAGUCCAUCACAAAGUCUCGAAUUGAAGAAAACAUAAAUAUUUGUGACUUUGAGUUGAUAUCAUCGGACCGGGAGAUUCUUAAAGGAUACGACAGAAAAUACAGAACCCUUUCGAUACUGGAGUGGGCGGACCACCCUUAUUUUCCAUUUGAGAAAAAUUAA